CCAGCUAUUUACGACCCUACUUACUUACUAUUUUAUGUGAAUAAGCCCAGCUGUAACUACUAUAUUCCUCGGAUAAUGUAUUGCAUUUCAUAAUCAGUAUUUGGAUAUUCAAAUUUUAUACUCUGGGGGGUCUCUUGCUUUUUUAUAUAGUCGCACAUGUUUUUCUCUUUAUUUUAAAGCCUUUUAAUAUUCCCGCCAUUUAUUUUGAUAAGAUGUUGAUAAGGAUUUCAGCGCAGUUUCUUCAGAAAAGAGAGAUUUCUGGAAGGGUAUCAGAACUUCGAUCUUGAAAAGAUAAUUGCUCCGGAGAGCCUUUAUGUGUUUUUGGUUACUUUUCGAGAGGAUGAGCCGGGUGAGCUUUUAUUUGCUAAAUUUAGUACCGCAUUGCUGAAAAUAAGAAUUGGAGCACCCUGCCGUCGGCUGUGGGCUGUCGCUGUCGGUUGUCGGUUGCUGUUUCUGUUUCUGUUGCCGGUAGGCAGACUCGCAUAUAUAGUCGCACAUAAUGGCCAAUAUGCGAUGACUAUAUAGCCGGCAGACGCUGCUGACAUCUUGCCAAGGCGGAGAGAAAGCCAAAGCGAGAUGACUCGGCCAAUUGGACGUCAUGAAACUGUUGCUCCACGCUCCAUCCUUAUCCUUCCCAAUCAAUACUUUGGUCGGACGAACGGACGGGACCCUUAAAGUAAACAUACACACGACGACAGACUGGACCUGGACUCUGGCCUAAAUCAAUAAAUGCCUGAAAUCCCUGCCAUAUUGUGUCCAUUGUAAUGUUGUCAGCACACACAUACUACACUCAGACUCUGCUCCAGCUUCUGCAUGCCAUCAUCAUUGGUUAUGUGUGUCCGGGCAUCACUUUGCGCCAGUCCAGUCCGGGCAAUAAAUAUUGAAAAUCCAAUUACUCCCUCGUUCAGCACUCGUCGCACUGCAGCCAGCCAGCCAGCCGGCCAGUCGGUCACUUCGAAUUCCAUAAAAUAGCCACAAUGGUCAGUUUCUGCUUUUUGCAAUGCUUUGAAAUCCAAAAAAUUCCAGGGGAACAGCUAACAAAGUAUGCAAAUAAACUCACGAAAGUACACAUAAUUAAAAUGCACUUUGCCGCAGGCUGUCAGGCUUAAUUGGCUCGCAGACUUCUCAUCCAGUUUUCAGAAGUCAGAACCAGGGGAAUCCCCUUCUAGUCACCUUUGAAAUAUCAGUCUAAAUAAAAAUUUGAGUAAAUCUAAACGUUCGGCCCUUUGACGUUCGGAGCCGGAGGCGCCUUGAAUGAGAGUCCUUACAACGACAUGUCAGAUUUCGUGCCGCGCGACCUUCUCGCCGAUCUGUGGGGGGAGAUACUCCGGCGCCACUGGUCGUAUCUGGAGAAGGAGGAGAACAAAGAGAAGCUCGAGGAGCGGAAGCAGCUAGAGGUGUGUCUCAGGGAAUUCCUGUGCUUGGUGCAGCCCGAUCGAAAGUUCUUUUUGCCGGAGACAGGACAUGUGCUGCGGAGAUCGGUGCGCGAACUGAGCGACUUCUCGGCCCAGAACGCACUUGUGGCCUUCGAGACCAUCAGCCAGUACGCCAACAACUUGGUAACGAAACCAUGGCGCAAGGAAUACCGAACGCUCAAGACUUAUUCGGGAUGCUACCAGCACGACAUUCAAUCCCGCCUGCUGGACGCCGAGCAGCUCUUCCUGGCUAUGGGCUAUCGGCGCAUUUCGGAGGACACCUUCGUCUUGGAGGGACCCAUUUGCCCGGACCAGGUGACGAACGUGUCCCGCGAUGCCAUGGCCGCCUAUGUCGAGUGCCAAAUAAUGAAGCACAUCUACGCGGGCGUCACGGAGGCGGGCUACACCUGCACCUGGCGCGACAUCCUGCAACAUCGCGAACGCCACGUGGGCGGUACUACGCAGGCCAUCAAGGAUAUUGUGUACCGGUUGAGCGAGAAGCGGUUGCGUAAGGAGCUACCACUGCAGGAUAACAUCUACAGCAAUGUAGCUGCCGGCAACUGUGCCGUCCACGGCAACGGUAACCUGCCGGCCCAGCAGCAUCCCGGAAACCUCAAUAGUUAUGCCGGGCACACGAACGGCUUUGGCAUGGUGCCUGCUUACCCGGCAUCCCCCUCGUCGGCGCUGCAACAACAGCUGUCCGGCCCGCUGAUGACGCACUCGCGCAGCCUGGAACACUACCAGGAGCCGCAUGCCCACCUGCCGCAUCGCCACUCUUUCGACCAGCAACUGCAGAUGCACCACCAGUGCCAGCAGGCACCCCACGUCUACGAGGCUCCGUACGACUGCCUGGACGGCCUGAGCAUGGGCAGCAGUGCCUCCUAUGCGGCUGUGGCUGGGGCCUACAAUGCCCCCGGGAAUCGAUUCCCCUUGCCCUAUAACAUAUCCAGUCAACUGAAUGCCCCCUAUGCCGCUCCAGCCGAUGUGUACGCGACUGGGGAGCACAACAACAUGUACGCCACGCUUGGAAACCCGGCGCACAGCUGUGACCUGCAUCGGAGACAGCUGCCCAGCUCGGCGGCCAUGCAGCAUCGCCAGAGCACCUACCCGCCGGACCACCAUCUCAUCGACUUUGACGAUCGGGCCCAGCUGACGCAGCACGACUUUGGGGCACAUGAAUACGAUCCCCAAUACGCCGAACUGAGGCCCCAAGUGAUGCCGAGUAUGCGCGGCAAUCCGGCGGCGAUGUACUCCUCGUUCAGGGGCUAUGACUUGCCCGCUCAGGUGCCUCAGGCGCCGCCGCCCACGGCCCAGGACAUGUACAUCUACGCCCAGCCAGUGCCCAAAAGCAGCAGGAUGCGAGCACUGGCCGAAGCGGGUGGCAGCAAUCAGACUGACAAGCAUGUGCGUUCUGCGGACAAACUGAGCACCAUGGACAAUAAUCGCAAAAUGCCCAAGGAAUUGAAAGAGCGGGCCAGCAGAACUGCUCCUGCAAAGAGAUCCGGCAACGAACGUGAUAUUCCCACCACCAUUUCCGACUUGAACAGCUAUGACUCGGCCAGCCUGGAUGAUUUUGUGACGGUGGACAGUAACUCGCCACCACUGAUGCCCAAAGUGCAGGAGGGUGUUGGCAGCUUCGAGUCCUGGAACUAUGUCUUUAAAAAUCUCGAAAGAUCCAAUUACUCCAAGGAUCUGGGCGAUCGCGAGGACCUGCUGGUGCAAAGCCUGGAUCUGGACUCUCUGGCCAUCUCAAAUGGCGCUACAAAUCCGCCGGAAAAACGGCGUGAUCCGGCAAAGCCAUCAACGCGGAAUAACGGAGAGCCGAACGGCGAUAAGGCGCGCACACUGGAGAAAAAAUCGGCAGCUUCACGCCGUGAAGCGAAGGUGGUACAAGCGCCGGCACCCAGUCCGCUGCCGAAUAGCAGUGCGCCCGGUGUGAAGAAGAAAUCCGCCUUGAAGACGGCUAUCGUUGACAAUCGAGGAACGGGAUCGCGGAGCCGUGGCGGUGCGGGAACCGGAACUGUGCCCAAGCAACCGAUGCAAGUGUCGCCGCAGCUGAUUGUGACUAGUCCGAACGAGUGGAGCUGUUGUUUCUGCACCUUCCUCAAUCCGGACACGAAGCGCAUCUGCGAGAUGUGCUGUCGUAGCAAAGACUUUAGCCUGGAGGCCGCCUCGGCGGCUUCUUCAUCAGCGGCUGCAGCUGCGGCGGCGGCAGCGGCGGCUAGCAACGUGUCGCACGCCUCCUCGACCUGCGUCUAACCCGUUAGUGAUACAAAAAAACAGUGUGUAUAGCUUGAUAUAUUUUUUAUACGACCAAUGUAAGCCUGUGCGUGUCUCCAAGAUCUAGUCUCGUAGUCGUCGUACGUACGUUUGGCAGGCAGGCAGCCUCUAGCCUUUGUUCUCUACCGAGAUCUCUACCGAUGUAAUGGGGUCUUGGAUCACGAUUUUUGUGCUGCGGUGUAGAAUUGUGUGUCUGCAGCUUGUACAUAUGAAGUAUUCUAAUUAGUUAUCCUUACCUGUAAACACACGCUUUAAUUAGUUUUAGAUUGUUUCCAAUUGUUAAGGGCGCUUCUGUUUCAAAUUACGUGCCUCCCCUUAUAAGUCAUCUAUAUAUACAUACACACACACAUAGAUAUAUAUAUAUAUACAUUUAUAUAUAUAUAUACUACAUAUAGACAUUUAUAUAUUUGUACGUGUGCUUGCGGCGCGAAAGAGUGAAAUUUAAACUUGAAACUUUUCUAGAAAAUCAACUGAUAAUUAUAUACCUUAUACCUUAUAAUAGUUGCGUUCACCAUACGUAUUUUGGAAAGAUAAAUCAGCGUACAUAGAAGUUGAUGGGGGAAGUCAAGUAUAUACAUAUACCGGAGAAACUUGCAUAGAUAAUACACACCUAUAGCCGUAAAAUAAGCGAUUUCAAUUCGAAGAUGAACCGAGCUAAGCAUUACGCAAAAUAACAAAAAAUAAAUCGAGAAUCGAACAGAACUGGUACGGGUUGUAAACUUGAAAUUUUUGAUUAAAAAUUUUACCGGAAAGGAAAGAAGGAGUACGACAGAUUGAAUGUUAAACCAGAAUUUGUAAAGCUAACUUGUCAUCCCACCCACCCAAGCUAUAUGACAAUUCCCCGCCACACGAGCACCGUGUCCCAAAGCUAAUUUGUUUGUUAAAAAAAAAUGUUACUCUAUUGAUUAUUACGAAAUGUUACGAAUAAUAGCCUCCUCUGGUAGAAACGAAAGCAUUCGAAAAGAUAUUUUUGUAAACAAACGAAACCACGUACCUAUGAAUCUUUGUUAAAUGAUUUAUCCUGUUUUUAGUUUUCACCUCUGUUUGCUCUUUGAAUCCCCUUGAAAAUGCCUUUCCUGUAUAUAACAUUUGCAGUAAACAAAGGGUUAUUAACGAAAUACUAAUAUAAAGAAAGCUAAACUGAUAAAGAAUUGAAUCGAUAAAAGUAAACUUCACUAAAGCCAUUCAGGCACAACCUUCGCUCAAACCAUUUUAUUAAUAAACUUUGCAAACUAUAUUACUGAAUGAAUUUAGAGGCAGCUCUUCCUAAAAAAAUCCCUAACGAAAAAAACAAUAAAAACAUUUUGACAAA